AUGAGCUCACAAGCCCAGGCGGCCCCGGAGGACCCCCUGGCCGAGCUCAUCACCACAUACAACGAGCUCAACGGCGCCUUCAUCGAAGAGCUGGACGAGGAGCCGAGCCCCCUCGAGUUCAUGCGCUACGUCGCCCGCAACACACCUUUUGUCGUCCGCGGCGCAUCGACCUCCUGGCAGUCGAAUAAGACGUGGGAUAAGGAGUAUCUGCUGCGCAUGUUUAAAGAUCAAACUGUCAAUGUUGCCGUAACGCCUUUUGGUAAUGCAGACGCUCCAACCGCGCAUGAAGGAAGCGUCGUUUUCGCGAAACCACACGAGGAGGAUCAGGAUUUCGAAAAGUUUCUCAACUAUGUAAUCAACCAAGAAAAGAGCAAAGACUCGGCCUCAGAAGUCAGAUAUGCUCAAACACAAAACGAUAACCUCCGCAAUGAAUACCUCCCCCUCUUCACCCACGUACCCCCCUCCAUCCCCUUCGCCCGCAUCGCCCUCGACCGCGACCCAGACGCAAUCAACCUCUGGAUCGGCGCCUCCCGCUCCGUCACAGCCCUCCAUAAGGACAACUACGAAAACAUCUACGUCCAGGUCCGCGGCCGGAAACACUUCGUCCUCCUUCCGCCCUGCUGCCACCCCUGCGUCAACGAGACGGCCCUCGCGCCCGCGACGUAUUCUCGUCGUCGUCGGGGCGAAGGAGAAGAAGACGGUGGCGAGCUGGUGUUGAAUCUCGACCGGGCCGAAGGUAGUGAAGCAGAAGCAGAAGAUGGAGAAGGUGAAGAAGAAACGACAAGACCAGAUCCCAUCCCCUUUGCAACGUGGGAUCCGGAUCAACCGCAGGUAAACGCGACGCCCUACUCUCACCUCGCCGAGCCCGUCCGCGUCACGCUGGAGCCGGGUGACAUGCUCUACCUCCCCGCCAUGUGGUACCACAAGGUUUCUCAGUCCUGCCCGGAGGACGAGGAAGGCUUCGUUCUCGCCGUCAACUACUGGUACGACAUGGAAUUCAGCGGACCGUUAUACCCCCUCAGCGCCUUUGUGAGAAACCUCAGUCUCCAGACAGCACCAGCAACUUCACAAGGUAAGAGAACAUAG